GGUUCCUUUGCCGUCGCCCAAGCCACCUACUUGCAACCCGACGCCGAGGCCGUACAGGACCUAGUGGAUCUACUGGAACGUACGCAGAGCGGUAUUGUGGCACACUACUACAUGGAUGUCGAACUACAGGGCGUGUUGCAGGCGGCGGGGGCUCGCUUGCCCGGGCGGGUGGGCAUUGCCGACAGUUUGAAAAUGGGAGACAUGGCCGUCGAUAUGGCCGCCAACCACAACUGUACCGCCAUUGCGUGUCUCGGCGUGGACUUUAUGAGCGAAUCCGUCCAGGCCAUUUUGCAACAAAAUGGACACGGCCAUAUUCCCGUAUUGAGGGCCACGCACAAACCGAUCGGCUGUAGUUUGGCCGAAUCGGCCGAACGAGAAUCCUACCGAGUGUGGUUGGAACAAGAAAGUGUCGGACAAGCCGCUUUGCACGUCGUCUACAUCAAUACGUCUUUGGAAACCAAGGCCGUGUCGCAGUCUAUCGUACCAACCAUUACCUGUACCAGUAGCAACGUUCUCCAAACACUUUUGCAGGCAAGCGCACAAAUGGGACCGGAACUGAAAAUCCUGUACGGACCGGAUACGUACAUGGGGGAGAAUCUCGUUACCUUGCUGAGUACGAUUGAAGCUCGCUGGAACGACGAACAAAUCGCUUCUUUACACGCUUCGCACAGUCGCGACACCAUU